UUUUACCAAAGACAAAACAGAAAUCCUAUAACCGCUAAAAUCUGAUGCCACUCCAUUGUUGUUUACUUAAGGAAGGAAGUUUCGCUCAGUGUCUUUAUCAGAGGUUUUCAUGUUGAUUCCUUCAGUGGUUCUUGGUGCAGCGCCACCACAGGAGAGGAGCUGAACAGGUAUACCAAAGGGUUUGGUUAGUUUAACAUAGAGAAGACCGAAAGCGAACCAUACCAGCUGAAAAUGCAACACAUGUUGUAAUUUUGGUAUCCUAUCGAACAGAGCAUACCAGACUAUCAAGCCUAUCAACCUAGGAAGACCUGGUAGUACAGGAAAUGUCAUUUGUUUGAGGUAUUCCACAUCUUUUUUUUUUUUAUCUCCUUCUACAGAUAUGUCAGCAUGCCGCAUCCUCACGUCACUGCCAGAGGAACAUUUCCGCUGUUCGCUCUGUCUGGACCUCUUCACCGAACCUGUCACCACACCCUGCGGUCAUAACUUCUGCAGGACCUGCCUCAGCCGGCGAUGGAGCGACGGUGACUGCUACCAGUGUCCAAAGUGUAACAAAAGAUUCCCCGUGAAGCCAGAGUUCUCCACAAACGAAGUCAUGGAGGAAAUGUCGGUCCAAUUAAAGAAACGGAAAACCGAGGCACUCGAAAGCGAAAACGCACCGUGGCAGGUGAAGUGUGACGUGUGCGCGGAUUUGAGGUUCAAGGCGUCCAAGUCGUGCCUGGUGUGUCUGGCGUCGUACUGUGACGGACACCUGGAGCCUCACCGGAGGGUCCCCGCCCUGAUGAGACACAAGCUGGUGGAGCCGCUGGAGAACCUGGAGGAGAGGGUUUGUGAGAAGCACGCCAGGAUCCUGGAGGUUUUCUGCAGACAGGAACAAGCGUGCGUCUGUCUGCUGUGCUGCGAAGCAGAACACAGAGACCAUGAGACGGUUCCUGUUGAAGAGGAGGGGGCUCUGCAGAAAGAAAACCUUGAAUCCAAACGAGCAAAAAUCAAACUCAUGAUCGAUGAAAGAGUGAAAAAGCGAGAAGAAUUUACCUUGUCAUCAGAAAUGAGAAAAGUGAACGCUGACAAACAAACCGAGGACGGUGAGAAGCUAUUCAGUAACCUGGUGGGCAGAGUGCAAGAGAUUCGAAGCAAACUGCAGUCAAACAUUGAGAAAAAAUUGAGAAAAUCCAAGGAAAAAGUAAAGUUGAUGAUUGAGGAGCUAGAAGAAGAGGUGGCCGCUCUGCAAAGGCAACACUUGCAACUAGAAGAACUGUUACAAAGUGAAGACCACUUUCGACUUCUACGGACUUUGCAGACUCUGAACACCAUGUCUGAGAUGAAGGACUGGUCCAAGACCAAGGUUUACCCAGACGUCUGCGUCCAAACAGUGAGGAGAGCCAUGGAUCACCUUAUGAGCAGUUUUCAAACCGAACUGAAAACGCUGACAACCAUCGAACUGACCAGAAUCAGACAAUACAAAGAAUCUGUCACUUUUGAUGACUCCACUGCCGGCCCCGGUCUUAGAGUAUUAGAGUACGGGCAACGUAUGAAGUUCUCCAAAGAAGCCAGGUCACCAUCUUAUGAGUUGGAAAGGUUUGACUUACCCAUGGUUUUUGGGAAGAUCGGCUUCACCUCCGGUCGGCACUACUGGGAGGUUCAGGUGGGCCUGAGAAACGACUGGCAUGUCGGCGUUGCCCUGGAAAUGGUGGACAGAUCAGAUGAUGUAAUCGUGAAAAAAGAAAAUGGGUUCUUUUCCAUGGGAAAGUCUGGCUUUCAUUACUAUGUUCACUGCUCACCACAGAGAGUUCUUCAUCUCUGUACCAGGCCGAGGAACAUGGGGAUUUAUCUGGACUACGAGGAAGGCCGGGUGUCCUUCUACGACCUUGAUGAGAGGUUCCACAUUCACUCUUACGUAGGAGAACACUUCACAGGGAAGGUUUUCCCUUAUUUCUACCUGCACAGCAAAUUAAAGAAAUCUGAGGCGUUAGUUACUAAUCCCUACUUGUCCUCAUUCAGUCUUUCACAAUCCAGUUAAAAAGGCUAUCGCAUGGGGAAACUAGAUCGCUGAAACCAAAAUAUCUCCAUCAUUCCCGCUGUUCAAUUCACCUUCUGGUCCAUUUUCCUUUUUGUCCUACAUUUAUGUCACUUCAGCUGUUGAAUUGACUUUCCUGCGGCUCCAUCGGACAAGUAAUAGUAGAGUUCAUACAUGUUGACAAAUGUCCUAAAAUGUAAAUCUGCACCAAUCAUCUUUUUCUGACUUUGUGUAAACUUGGAAAACAUUUUAUGCACAAAUUGUUUGUAAAUAAACUAACAGCCUUUUUUCCCAUUUGAUGCUUGGACAUAGCAUCAAACUUACCCCCUGCUGGGAAGAAAAUGGUAAAUAAUUGUUUUAUUUUUUUUAUUCUGCAUGGGUCCUCAUACAAUUUUCGGUGAACUCUAAUGAAAUUAUGAUUUAUUCCUUGUAAGACAUGUUUAUCUAAAGUAGGGCUUUACAAUUUUUGGAAAACAUUCUGAUUUCAUUGCAUUAGUCAUCAGUUUCACGACACUUUUCUUUGGGUAUCAUUGCUCACCAGUCGGUGUAAGGACAUACAACUGGUUUGGAGUAGGGGGGCAGUAGAGACCAUUUAUCUGGCCAAAUGACAUGCUACUAAAUAUUGAUUCCAAGUAGUCGUUUACGAUUGACUGGUAUUGAAAUGAUCAUUUCUGUACAGCUCUGAUUUAAAACAUUAUAUACUAGUGAAACAUGUCAAUUGUGGUUUUAACACUCUUGAUAAGAAACACACCGAGACCAAAGUGCUUCUUUUUUGCUAAUAGGAAGCUUCUAUAUAGCCUUGAAAGCUGGUCUACUGCCACUUGCGUCAGUUAUGUUGGUGUGGACUUCAAUGAUUCUCAAACUUUAAGGUCAAAGGUCCAAAUGUGAUUUCCAGAUGAGGUCGAAGGUCUUGAACUGUGUUGUACUGAGCAAACACCUUUUAUCACAUUUGCUUACAAUUUACAAGCAAAGGAAAAGUCAGUUUAGAGAGACUGGAAAUGUUUGUAACCAUAAUUUGCUCUAAUUCUUCAUAGUAAACAGUAAAUAUUUGUUUUAUUAAAAAUUUGAUGAAAUAUUGUAACAUCAAAGGAAUUGAGGUAGAAAUUACACAUACCAGAGACAGGAUAUAUUGAUGGGAAAAACAGCUUUACAAAACAAUCCAAACUCUAAUUUUGUAAAAAAAAAAAAAAAGAAGACAACUGCUGCAAAGGUUUCAAUUCUGUUAUUGAAUGCUAAAAAAAAAGACUUUAAUUAUAUUUUUCUGCCACAUUUUUAAUAUAAUAUCUGUGAAAAUACUUAGAUUGUUGAAUCGUUUGAGAGAUGCCCAUUUCAGUCCCAGCAAAGGAACAACUUUGUGGUUAAAAGUAAAAUAAUUUUCUGCCAAAGGUAGGCUAUGAGUCACAACCUUUGGGUUUUUGCAUUUUGUGGUUUUAACUCAUUUUAUUUUUUUACUACUCUGGGAAAA